AUGAAGCCUUCAGUUUUCUAUGGUACUGAGUCAGAGGAUGCGUACGAGUUCAUUAUAGAUUGUCAUGAGAGGCUCCAUAAGAUGGGAGCAGUGGACAAGUAUGGCAUUGAGUUUUUGCUGCCUAUUGAGGAGGAGAGGAUUAGACAUUUUGUGAAAGGAUUGAACACUGGACUUCAGCUAUCAGUUCUUCAGCUUGUAGCCACUGGGGCUUCAUUCCAGGAGAUAGUGGAGUAUGUCCGUGUUGUUGAGGGGAUUAGACAGGAGGGUUAUGCAAAGCAGGCAGAGAAGAAGGCCCGAAAGCGUGGAAAUUUCAGCAACUCCUUCUCUAGGGGUCAGAGUUCUCAAGUGUAUUCAGGGCGUCCGAUUCAGUCCGCUAUGCAGGGGGCUGAGUAUCAAGGUUCCCGAGCUCCAUUUGCACCAGAUAAGGGAGGCAAGAAUAGUGUACAGGUUACAGAAGGGCGCAGUCACUUGUAUGCUUUCCCAGGAAGACCAGAGGCUGAGGCCUCCGAGAAAGAGGUACCGUUCCAGUGGUCCGAUGAGUGUGAGGAGAGCUUUCAAAAGUUCAUGACCUUAUUGAUGAUAGCUCAUAUUCUAGAAUUGCCCGUGGAGGGCAAGAAUUCUGUUGUUUAUUGUUAUGCUUCACGCUCUGGAUUAGGUGCUGUUUUGAUGCAGGAAAAGAAGGUAAUUGCUUACGCUUCUAGAAAGUUGAAAGUGCAUGAGAAUAACUAUCCUACUCAUGACUUAGAAUUGGCAGCAGUGGUGUUUGCGCUGAAAAUCUGGAGGCACUACUUGUAUGGUGUCCAUUGUGAGGUGUACACUAAUCAUCUCAGCUUGCAGCAUGUAUUCACUUAG